CACCACCUUAUCACCAUUCCCCCAAUUUAAACACUGCUCCUUCCCUCUUUCUCCUCUUCUUCUUUCCCAAAUGUUCAAGAAUUCAUGACAACUCUACUACCCCCCACCCCCCCUUCACCCUCCCCCACUUCACCAUCUUCUCCAUUUCCUUUCUCCCACAAAAAUCUUUCUUUCCACUUUACUUGUAAAGCUACAAGUUCAUUUCAACCACAACCAACUUCAAAUUCCUCAAACCCAACUUCCUUAAUACCUUCCAAGAACUCAUUUUUAUCUUCUCCUGAUAAUACCCUUUUGACCCUUUUACAGCAGAGGAAAACUGAUGAAGCUUGGUUAUACUACACCAAGAAUCUUGAUCAACAACAACUCCCUAACCCCACUUGCCUUAGCCGUUUAGUUUCUCAAUUAUCUUAUCAAAAUUCCACUGUCAGUCUCCGCCGUGCUCAGUCCAUUAUCCAACGCCUCCGCCACGAGCGGCAGCUCCACCGUCUUGAUGCUAAUUCCCUUGGUCUACUUGCUAGUGCUGCAGCUAAAGGUGGACAUGUUCUUUAUGCAUCUUCUAUUAUUAAGUCUAUGUUAAAAUCAGGUUAUCUUCCACAUGUUAAAGCUUGGAGUUCUGUUAUUAGUAAACUUGCUUCUUUAGGUGAUGAUAGUCCAAUGGAAGCUAUAAAGAUUUUUAGUGCUGUUACUAAAAGGGUUAGAAGGUUUUCUGAUCCUGCUGUUGUUAAGUUGUCGAAGCCGGAUACAGCUGCGUAUAAUGCUGUGUUAAACGCUUGUGCUAAUAUUGGUGAUAAAAAUAGGUUCUUGGAGUUAUUUGAUGAGAUGAGUGAGUUUGAUUGUGAGCCUGAUGUUUUGACUUACAAUGUGAUGAUUAAGCUUUGUGCAAGAGCUGAUAGGAAGGAUUUGCUUGUUUUUGUGUUGGAAAGAAUACUUGAGAAGGGAAUUCCGUUGUGUAUGUCAACGUUUCAGUCCCUUGUUGCUGCUUAUGUUGGUUUUGGUGAUUUGGUGACUGCUGAAAAAGUUGUUCAGGCAAUGAGGGAAGGGAGGAGGGAUCUUUGCAAGAUUCUAAGAGAGGCCAAUGAGGAAAAGCUGUGUUUGAGUGACACGGAUGUGUUUGAAAAGUUGCUUCCGAAUUCUGUUAGUUCAAGAGAUAAUGAGCCACCUGAGUUGUCUCGAGUAUUUGAACCAAAUUCUAGGAUGUAUACGACUUUAAUGAAAGGUUAUAUGAACGCAGGCCGUGUUACGGAUAUGGUGAGGAUGCUCGAGGCUAUGAGGCAUUUAGGCGAUAGUGAGAGCCACCCGGAUCAUGUCACUUACACAACGGUUAUUACUGCGUUUGUGAAGCAAGGUUUAAUGGAUAGGGCACGGGAGGUGCUCGCCGAGAUGGCCAGAAUUGGCGUACCUGCUAAUAGAGUCACUUAUAAUGUUCUAAUCAAGGGAUAUUGCCAGCAACUGCAGAUUGACAAGGCUGAAGAGCUGAUUAAGGAGAUGUUUGAUACUGGAAUAGAGCCUGAUGUGGUUUCCUAUAACACAAUUAUUGAUGGAUGUAUAUUGGUCGACGACAGUGCAGGAGCUCUUUCUUACUUCAAUGAGAUGCGAGCGAGUGGUAUUGCUCCGACCAAAGUAAGUUACACCACUUUGAUGAAAGCUUUUGCCUCGUCUGGUCAGGCGAAGCUAGCUAACAAGGUAUUUGACGAGAUGCUUAAAGACCCUCGAGUUAAGGUUGAUUUGGUCGCUUGGAACAUGUUGGUUGAUGUAUACUCUAAGCUUGGAAAGGUUGAGGAAGCAAAGAGUGUGAUUGAGAGGAUGAAAGAAAAUGGAAUCUACCCAAAUGUGGCUACUUAUGGGAGUCUUGCAAAUGGAAUUGCUUUGGCUAGAAAGCCGGGAGAAGCGCUUUUGCUUUGGAAUGAGAUAAGGCAGAGGUGCGGGAUGGGAACAGGAGAGGAGUCUAAUCCUUCUUCAGGUCUUCCACCAUUGGAACCUGAUGAAGGAUUGUUGGAUACUUUGGCAGACAUAUGUGUUAGGGCGGCUUUCUUCAAGAAAGCUUUGGAGAUUGUUGCUUGCAUGGAGCAACAUGGGAUACCACCAAAUAAGACUAAGUUUACUAGGAUCUACGUUGAGAUGCACUCGAGGAUGUUUACCAGCAAGCAUGCAUCGCAAGCUAGACAGGACAGGAGAAAGGAGCGAAAACGAGCAGCUGAGGCAUUCAAGUUCUGGUUGGGAUUGCCCAACUCUUAUUAUGGAAGUGAGUGGCGCCUUGAUUCAGUAAUUGACGAAGAAUAUGCAUCUGAGUAAUUGAAGGUGAAAUGGAUCAGGUUAUAGAACAUAGAUAUUAUACUUGAAUAUAGAUUUGAAAGUUUGUUAUGUUUAUACAUUUGAAUAAUCUGAUAUAGCUUUCUACUCAAUUCUAGUAUAGUUGGACA